AAGGCUGCAACAUCGAUGGAUACAUCCACCCAGCGGCAGAGUGUACAAUAUGUGCUUUAAUCCUCCUCGCGUCCAGGGGAAAGAUGACAUCACAGGAGAGCCAUUGAUUCAACAGGAGGAUGACAGACCAGAAGCCCUGGUGGCCAGACUGAGACACUACAAAGAUGUUGCCAAACCUGUCACAGACUUUUAUAAGGCGAAAAGCAUCCUGUACACAUUCUCGGACACAGAGACAGAUCGGAUCUGGCCGAAUAUCAGCACACUUCUCAGCACAAAGAUCCCCACCAUCCAAUCAGAUGCUCGUUGUGCUUCAACUCACUGAGGAAAUCCACUGAAGUCUCAUAUCAAAGACACCGAAGUGGCCUCAUCUCAGAGGAAUUACUAAUUGACCACAUUUGGUUUCCAAAGAUUCCAUGCUAGUCAUUUUAAUUAUCGCAACUUGUCCAUUGGUAGUAUAGUAUUAUUCUUCAUAGUACUAGCUUUGAUUAUUUCUGUUUCUGAAAAGAUUUUAUAUAUUUGAAGGACUUGUUCUCCGCUUUUAGCAUUUGCUGGAAUCUGGGAAUCAGUCGGUAAAAUUCAACUUAUAUCUUACAAGUACAAAAGUUGUGAAAGAGAAUUAAUGAUUCCUAGAUUUCAACUCGGAGUGCACAAAUUUAUAUAGAUGCGAUUAAAUCACAUUAGAAUAAUGAAGGGUAGACGCAUGUGACCUUGUGUAAGUGAAUGAGACACUGAACUGUUCAAGCAUUCCAGUGAGAUUUAGUUAUUUCUGAAGGGGCUUUACUUGAUAUCAUCUCUGUCUGUGGUGUUUGCCUUUCUUAUAUAUAUAUAUAUAUAUAUAUAUAUCUCAUAGUAGUGUUAAUCAUGCUACUACACACCAUAAAAAAAAAUGCUAUAAUUAUUUUAUGUGUUUUACAAGCUCUAUAAUCCAAAUAUGCCACAUAUGCCUUGGAGAAGUACAAUUUCUUGAUCUACUGAAAUUGCUAUUGUGAACACCAGGCCUUAUUCUUUGAAAUACAUUGAUAGAAUGUUUACCUGUUAAAAAUCAAACCAAUGUAUGAGUAACAAUAUAGCAAAUGACAAUAUAUAAGAAUAAUGUUCUUAUUCUUUAAACACUGCUAGUUUUGGUAAAUACUGUUCAGCAUUACAUUUUUAAGAGCCAUAUCUGGGAAAACUGUUGAUAGAAAAUAAUCUAAUGAGGUUUUUUUUUUUUAUUGUACCCAUUUAAUAACUGUGACCAACAGUGAUGUAUUCUUUAUCCAGAAGAUUAAAGCACAGAUUAAUCAAAAGCCACAGAUUAAAUUACAAUUACAUUACACCGUUUGUCCCCAAAACAUAUAAGUGGAAGGAGUGUUAGGCACACAUGACUUUUAUAGUAGUCAGCCUAUGUUUAUUUCUCUCUGUUUAAUUUUCUUUUAUUCUUUCUUACUUCCCGUUCUCUCUCCCAUGUUCUGUUUCAGUCUUACAUACUUGUUUGCGUCUGCAAUACGGAAUGGAGAAAACACUUAAAAUAUCUCCACACCUUCUUGUUAUGCAAUACCAUAUACAAGAAUUUACAUGCCUGAGCUUUCCCUUUUUUUUCCAAAGAAAAUAAACUUAUUUUCACAGAAA